AUGUCCAUGUUAAAAGGAAUUAUUACCUUGUUCUUUCAUAAUAUUUACUUGGAUCUACAGAACCAGUUUUCUAAAGAAAAAGAAUUUUGCUUCCUAAAACAAUUAGUAUUGAAAAAGGAUGAAAAGAACAUUAUUUUGGAAGAAUAUCCAGAACCAAGUGUUAGAUUCUUAGAAGCAACAAUGUUAAAUUGUUUCAAUGGAAAAUUAAGGAUUGAAUAUUAUAUAUGGUGGAGCGAAAGACACUCUUUGUAUGCAUUAUAUGAUGGAUAUGAUGCCUAUGUCUUUGGUGCUUCUAAACGAUUCUGA